AUAUAUGAAGAUUUGAAGGCCUCGACUGGAGACGCUCUUAGCUCAUAAUAAGGACGUAUUUUACUGCAAGCGGCAGCAGCCCCGUCGCACCGUGAAACCAGCGGCGGCCGCCGCCGCCGUUCGUCGUUGUCUCUUGCCGGAAGGAAGAAGCAGGGUGGGUAGAUUCCAUGCAUAUCCCGGCCCCGACCGGGCCCCUACACAGUCACCAUCCUUAUCUCACGACAUCGAGAACCGGGCAAAGCAACGGCAGGGAAACCGGGAAAGCGGAAAACGUGGCAGAGACGGAAGGCGCAUCGAUCGAUUACUGACAGGUGCACGCGUGUACCUACACUGCACCUGUACCUGCGCUUUCGUGCCCGGUUAACGCUUCCUCCCAUGAAAGCUUUGGGAUAAAUAGUUGUAUUUCAGAGCGCUUUAGGGUAAUCAUCUGCAGAUAACGGUGUAGACCUCCUUCGAGCUCGAGCACGCAUGGACCAGUGAAGCAUGCACGUGAAGCACUGCCACCACUGCACAAUCUUUUAGCAUGGGCAGCACGAGUAGUAAAUUUGCUGAAAACCACCACAUUUAUGACUAAGAUACUGCAACACUAUCGUUUAUGUCAAAAAUCAUGAAAGACCAUUAUUUCUGUGACACGUGAAUAACAAAAUGCACUAAACGGGUUGUGAGCCGCGACUAGAUGAAAAUCUAACAUUUCAGGCCUACCCAUCGGAACCACGUGGCCAGGGCAAACGGCUGAGGCUAGACGGCCGUUACCACCGCUUGUUUAGCUCACUGCCUCACACUCUUCACUUUCUCUCGCUCUUAUUCCCCUUCAUUUCCUGUCUUGCACGCGAAACCAUGGCGACCGUUCCCUCCGGUGAUGUUGAGGGUGGUUGCGACGACAGUUCCAGAUCUGGCCGAGGUCGCAGGCGGAACCUUCUUGACGUUGACUUCGGGUCGUCUUCGUCUUCGUCAGAUGAGAACGGCCCGCUCUUGCCGUGCUGCAUGCACAAGGCGUGUGCGGAGGCGGCGGCGGCACCAGCUGCAACGGGUGGCUCCAGAUCCAUUGAAGAUGAAGGCGCGGAAGGCCAAUCCGACAGGGAUGAGCCAUCAUCUCUGUGCCGUGUGCACAAGGCGUGUGCGGCGGUGGCGGCGCGGGCACCGGCGGCUGCACCAGUCCUCCUUACCAACGUCGACGGCGAGGCCCCAACUUACAACCUCUCUGUGGUUGAACUAUCAGGAGUGAGACAUUCAUAUUGAGUUUGAAGGGAUAAAAUUCAUCAGGACUAAGAUGUUUAGGAAAGACAUAAGAUAUUACAAUCUUAUGUCUGUGCUGCUUGAGAAUGGCUACAGUUUUUCAGACUACAUGUUUUACAUGAAUAGUGAUGGGACCGGAUUGGAUGGUUUUAAACUUCUAGACAAUCAGAUUAAGGUGGAUAAAAAGCUGAGGCAAUACCAGGACAUCAAGAGGAUCACAUUGUCAGUUACUAAGGGCAAGAGGCAACAAGCAAUUGUUGUCUCUCCAGUAAAGAAGGGCAAGAGAAAGGCAACCCCGUUAGAGAUAUUUGAUGAAGAAUACACCAUUGAUCCCCCUGUAGUGUUUGCAGUCAAUGAAGAAGGUGUGUCCCAUAAGGAAUUUGGUGAUUAUAUUGGCUCAACUUUGUUAGGCACAGAGAGAGUGCUUACUCCUGGGCACACAACAAAGUGUAAAUUAUGAGCACAUCCAAAUAAUGCCACCUCCCCAGCUAGAAGCUUUUUUAGAAAAGGAGGAUGACCCCCGGCCUCUGCAUCUGGAAGAUGCAUGCGGCCAUUUUAUUGACU